AUGCGGGAACUGCGCAACGCGGACGCGCAGUGGGUCGCGAGGAACAUCGACAACUCCAUCGUCGUGCCGGGGCUCGUCAAGAAGCGGAUCAAGAAGGAGACGAAGUCGAUAGUGGACGGCGAGCAGGUGGAGGACGACAACCUGUCGCCCGAGGAGCGCGACUUCCAGGAGUUCCUCCGGGUGUGGGGCGCGGCUGACUGGUCGGACUGGGAGGACGUGACCGUGUACGAGGAGCAGGCGGUGCGCAAGAUCACGCAGGGGGCGCCGGGCGAGUGGGACGAGGAGGACGCGCGCGUCCCGCGGUCCGACUGGGACGCGACGCCCCGGAACAUGGCCCGGCGCGCGAACCGCAACAAGCCCCGCAGCGACGCGAUGAACCGCGACUCGUUCCUGUCGCCCAUUGUCGACAUCCGCAAGGUGUUCGACGUGGUGGACCCGGAUGUGGACGCGAUCGAGGCGGACCUGCGGCUCGAGAUGCGCGCGAACCAGUGGGAGACGCAGCAGGCCUUCCUCUUCGCGGGCGUCCUCGCGACGGUCCCGAUGCUCGUUGCCACGGGCGUGCGCUGGUUCGUCGUGGAGCCGAUUUUCGACGACAUCGCGAUGCGGGACCCGGAGAGCUUCUCGCUGUCGCGGCGGCAGCGCAUCGAGGGCGCCGCGAAGGUGCACCACCACGAGCAGCGGCUGCGGUUCGAGGCCGGGGUGGGGCGCGCGCCGCCGAUCGAGCUCGACGAGCUGCAGCUGCAGCUGCGGAAGGAGGCGGUGAAGAUCGAGCACGAGAUGAUCGAGGAGAACAAGGAGAAGGUCGAGAACCUCGUGUCGGACUCGGUCUUCGCGCUGGCCUUCGCGGCGGUGCUGGUGCGCGAGCGGCGCGGGCGGUCGCUCAUGUUCCGCGCGCUGAACCGGUUCUGGAAGUCCGGGCUCUCGGAGACCGCCAAGGCCUUCGCGCUCAUCACCGUCGCGGACAUCCUCCUGGGGUACCACUCCGAGGAGGGUUGGCUGACCCUCAUCGAUCUGAUUGUGCGCCACUACGGCUGGGAGGUCGAAAUGGAGCCGCGGUAUAUUUUCACGGCGAUCGUCCCCGUCACGCUGGACGCAAUCUUCAAACUGUACCUCUUCAGCACGUUCACCAAGCAGUCGCCGUCCACGGUCGCGACGAUCCGCGAAAUGGACCGCCACUAG